GCUGAAGGAGUGCAAUAAACUGAACCUGUACAGCUGUAUUUGUCGAGAAAGGCUGAAGACAGUUUGAGCCAUGGCAAGCCAGGACUUAAUGGCGAAAAAAAGAGAAUGUCUCCAGGCCUACAGCUGGUGGAGAACACCACAGAAGAAACGGAAGAAAAAGAACAAAAUAAAACCAGGAAGAAUAGAGUUUGUCCCUAGUAGUACUUCAGGGACAAGACCAGAUUAUUCAAUAUUUGUUGGGGAGCUUACUCCAGAAGUGGAUGAUUUCCAGCUCUAUGACUAUUUCCUAAAGAGGUACCCCUCAUGUAUUGACUGCAAAAUAGCAACAGACCUGCUGGGAUAUUCCAGAGGGUAUGCCUUUGUCAGAUUUGGUGAGCAAGGUGAUCAGAUGAGGGCACUGCAAGACUGCCAGAAUGCACCAGGUCUGGGGGGAAAACGAAUCCGGCUGAGCAUAGGAAUUUCUAAAAGACUGAAAGCAGAAUUCCAGCGGUACCAGUCGUACAACUAUAAUGAUUAUUACCAAGAUUAUCAGAACUACUACUCACAGUGGGGUUAUGAUCCUUAUGCUGAAUACAACUACAGCUCCUAUACUCCCUAUGAUAGCAUGCAAGCUGUUGGAGACUGCUCUUUAGGAGAUGCUGUUAUGACUCCAGCUGUUUUUGAGGAAACUUCAGCUAUGACUGAAAUCAAUGAUGAUCUAAUAACUGAAGAUCCACAGCUUUACUUGGAUGUUGAUGAAAUGAACAGACAAUUUAUGGAGACAAGUGAAGAACUCUAUGAUUCCCUCAUGAAUUGUCACUGGCAACCUCUGGAUACGGUCACUUCUGACAUCCCCCCUGCUAUUUAAGUGUCUUAUAUAGCAUGACCGUUAUGACCAAGGUGCUAAAAUUACAUUUCUUCUACAUUACUCUAGAUCAUAAGUUUUAAAGCACAAUGAUAGGUUGGGUUUUUUGCUAUGCUUUUGACAGUUUCUGUAAUCUUUUUUUUUGUUCAUCACCCUACUCUUGGAGCAUCUUGAAAUCAUGUAAAUAUUCUAGAAAUGUAAAGAGUUCAAUGGGGUCUAAAGAUAGACUUGCCUGUGUAAAUAAAAUUUUUGUUUCUGCAAA